AAAGUUACAAUUUAUUUCCUAAACAAGGCGAUAACUUGUCAGUUAAAUUGAAAUAAUCUAAAUAUAACUUACAUAUCUGUGGUCUUCUACCAGACCCCGGGCGUGAACCCGCAGCGAAAGGAUUCGACUGAUCAAUUAAUGAAGUAUCAACGUUGAUCAUUUCAUUUUCUUUCUUUAGCCUUUCCUGAAGGUCGGAAAUCUUGCUUCCCAGAUAAGAACUGCUCAUUUUAAACCUUUUAUAAUACACCUGUUAAAUUCCAAUCACCUGCCAUCUUUAACAACAAUCUUUCAUUUGUACCAUCUGUUAUUAGGAAAUGAGCAUAGGCCUACUCAAUCUUUGACAUAUUUGUCCGAUUUAUUAUUAGUAAAAUUAAAAUAAAAUUAAAAAAAUUAAUAGCAGUUUUUUUUAUACAAACCGAAUAAAACAAAGAUUAAUAAAAGUCAAGAUAAUUUAAGUACCAACUUUUCGCGGGAAUUUCAAAUUUUAUAUGACUAGAUAUGGACUGUGGUGUAGACAAAUAUUAUUUCUGUACAAAUGUUUUCGGUUAUUGGCAUAUGUUCUACCCUAUAUUGGAUAAGAUUUUUUAUCUUUUAUACAUAUAAAGUAAUAGGUCCGAUAUAAUACAAACUAGAAAAACAUAUUUCACACUUCCCUGGAGGUCCAUUAUUUAUCCCUGAAGUUUUGGAAAGAAAAUGAUUGAAAAUACAAAUGAUAUGAAUGAGAAUAAAAAAGGCCAAGGUUUAUGCCCACUUACUGACGAAGAAGUGAUAAAAAAGAUGAAAUAUUUUGAGAAUUUAAUAGGCGAAUUGGUAUGGAGAAGAAUAAUUUUUGAUAAGCAUUGUGAAGAUGAGAGGACUAGAGAGUACAGGGAAACUAAAGCUACCAUUAGCAAAAUAUCAGCGAUCUAUAAAAAAAAAGAACAGUUAGUGGUGAAAGAUAGUAAUAUGUUCGAAAGCAGAAUGGCAGGGGCGGCAAGACUCCUUAUUCUUCAGGAAAAGGACAAAAACGUUACAGACGUAGUUCUUGCAGUUCAUCGCCGGCUGGGCAGGGUGGACCACGCAGCUCACAAGAAAGCUUACAGGAGGAUCCUCUACGCUCUUAUUGUUCAAGGAUUAUGCAGGGUGGAUCCGAAUGACAGUGUCGGAUACGAGGUUUCUGCCCUUCGAGUCGUGCGGGGGAGUGGACAUCUGCUCGACCGGGGGACGGCACAUGGUGAACAACUCGUUGGCUGUGAGGUUGGACCAGCUGCUCCAGAAGGCCUGCCCCAUGAUACGGAUAGCCCUCUACGGCCUCAACAAGAACCGGACCUUCUUCGAUCUGUCCAAGAUGAGCGGAUCACCGACCCUCUUCGACUUCCCUUCUUCACGGGACCCAUCGAAGGCGAGCUCAUCGGAAGAAGAAAAUUCAGAUAUCGAACCGGAACAGAAGGAAAAUCGUACUAAGUUCGAGGCUCAAACGGUCAUGUUAUCGAUCAAUAAGUCGUCUAAUAAAUAUGGAGUGCUAGCAUUGUCAUAAAAAAAAAGAAAAGUGGUUAUUAAAAAUAAAAUCCGUAUUGAUAGUUUAUAA